UAAAAAGAAAAUUAUCACGUUGAGUUGAGUGGCGGAUAUCUUGGGACUAGAGAAGGAGCUAAAGAGACAGACCAAUAUCGUCGUCGUCAAUGGAGAUCUCUGCGUCUGCUUCUCUAACUUCCUCUGGACUUGUCCCUCGUCUUCUUCCCUUGCCCUAUCCUCAUGCUCCGACUACUUCUGUCAAGCCGUUGAUGUCUUCUUCUUCCUCUAUUGGACUCAUUUCUUCUCAGAGACGUAUUAUUAUAGCUCCGUCUCUGUGUCUCGCCGAUCAAUCUGCCUUCACCGGGGUCAGUGUUGUUGAUUCGGAUCCCAUAGAUGCUGUGAAGAGGAAAGCUAUGGACAUAUCCCCUGCGCUCAAAGGAGCUUCGAUAUUUCUGGUUGGGAUUAAUAACUCUGUUAAAGCGAACACGGGGAAGCUUUUGGCUGAGGCGUUACGAUAUUACUACUUUGAUAGUGAUAAUUUGAUCACAGAGGCGGCUGGUGGAAAUGUGUCUGCUCAAGCUUUAAAGGAAGCUGAUGAGAAGGCUUUUCAAGAAUCAGAGACUGAAGUGCUGAAGCAGCUAUCAUCUAUGGGCCGGCUUGUAGUUUGCGCUGGAGAUGGUGCGGUACAGAGCUUGAAAAAUCUUUCACUUCUAAGACACGGAAUCUCCAUAUGGAUUGAUGUUCCUCUGGAUAUCGCUGCUAAAGGGGAUGAUGAUUCAUUCAACUCGGAAUCUUCUCGUGAGUUGUUUGACACACUAAAAGCGAGUUACGAAAAAUCAAGAAAGGGUUACGAAACAGCAGAUGCAUCCAUUUCCCUUGACAAAAUAGCCACAAAGCUGGAAUUUGAAGACUUGGAAGCGGUAACAUCUGAAGACAUUGCUUUGGAGAUUCUGAAAGAAAUCGAGAAGUUGACGAGAGUGAAGAAAAUGAUGGAAGAAGCUUCACGACCUUUCUAGGUCGAUCAUACUCUCUCACUCAUAUGAUUUAUCUUGUAUGUAAUGUAUAUCGUCUCGACAUUAAUGUAGCAUUUUUUGCAUAAAAUUUAGUGUUUUCAGCUUU